AUGAUCAAGAACUACUUAAUAGCUUUUUGUGUAUUAAAUGCUGUGUUAGAUAAUAAAGGCUGUGAUGGAGAUCAACCAGUGUUGAAUACUCACAUUGGAAAGUUUUAUGGAGAACUGUUGGAAUUUGAAAGUGGAAUCAAAGUUGAUGCCUUUUACGGCGUUCCUUAUGCCAAAAAACCUAUUGGUGAACUGAGGUUUGAGGUAAGUUAGUUUGAGUUUUUAAACUUAGCAUCGGGUUAUUUAGGUGCGAUUGCAGGUCUGGUCGGUUACAAUAAAGCUGGACUAAGUAACGGGUACAUACUACAAGUUAGAGUACGGGCCAGAGUAAGGCUAGAGUAGAGCUAAGAUAGGGCUUUGAUAAGGCUAACGUAGGGUUAGGGUAAAAUAUGGUACAGUGUAGGGUAGGGUAGGGUAGGGUAGGUUAAAGUUUGUUUUAAAAUGCCUUUUUCAGAAGCCAGAAGACGCCGAAUACGUUAAAGAACGUAGUGCCACAACUAGACCUAAAGCUUGUUUACAAGCUAAACUGUUUCUACCGGUCGAAGCAAGCGAAGAUUGUCUUUAUGUGAACGUUUUUAGACCUCACGAAAAGGUAACUGUUUGUACACUUUGGUAUAUUCGGUAUCUUAAAGGUAUCUUACAGUGUUAAGUGAAAUUUUCCGACUUAAUACUAUGGAAUUUUCCGUCUUAAAUUUAAAAUUUUACACUUUUUACAUCGAAGUAUUGUUUUAGAUACCUUCAGGCAACCCAGCCUUGUUUUUCAUUCACGGUGGUGGAUAUCAAGCUGGUAGUGCUCAAGAACAUAGUGAAGAUUAUGUGGCAGAAUACUACGCUGGUAGUGCGAUUACGGUAGUUGUUCCUCAGUAUCGACUCAACUUUUAUGGUAAGGAAUAAUUGAUUAACACUUUGUUGUUGCUUUUUGUUGUUGUUGUUGUUGUUGUUGUUGUUCUUUUUCUUCUUCAUCUUCUUUUUCUUUUGCUUCUUUUCUUUCUUCUUCUUCUUCUUCUUUUUUUUUCUUCUUUUUCUUCUUCUUCUUCUUCUUCUUCUUCUUUUUUCUUCUUCUUUUUUCUUUUUUCUUCUUCUUCUUUUCCUUCUUUAUCUUAAAUUUGCUAUAUUAGGUAUACUUAUGGUAAUGUAGUACUAUAUGUUUUAGGAUUUGCCACAACAAAAACCUCAAACCUACCAGGCAACCUAGGUUUGCAUGACCUUAACCUAGCCCUAGACUUUGUUCAUAAAAACGCAGAAUCUCUCAACAUUGAUGUUACUAAAAUUACUGUAGCCGGCUAUAGUGCCGGUUCAGCAGCUGCUAGUGUUUUGUCAUUAAGUCCAUUGAGUCAUGACAAGUUUGCUCAAGUCAUUCAAUUUAGUGGCUCUACUUUGGCCGAAUGGGCUUUUAACAACAGAGGAUAUGAACAUACCAAACGGGUUAUUAAGAUAUUGAAUUGUGAUCAAGGUGAUGUUAAGAAGUGUUUGAAGGAGAAAAGUGUUGAUGACAUUGACAAGGCUAUGGUUAAGGCGGUAGGCCUAAGUUUUAACUUCAUCUUUUUAGGCUAAUUUUGAAUUUGUUGCCCUCAGGCUGUGUAACGAAGUAUAAUAAUAAUGUCUUUUAUAGCACAUGUUUGAAGGAGAAAUUAAUCAUUUUGAUUACGGCUCUACAUUGGAUGACGACUUUUUUAAAAAUGAUCCAGAAAGCCUUGUAAAGUCAGCUAAGCCUAAAGUUACACUAGGCUCGUUGAAUGAGAAUGAAGGGCUUUUGUUCAGUGAGUUUAACCUUUUCAACUUUAGGAUAAAAAUCGUCAUCCAAUUUACAUUACUCCUUUACCCCUUUAUUUCUUCACCCCUUGACUUUUUCACCCCUUUAGCUCUUACCCUCUUACCCCUUACUUCUUUACCCUUUACUUUUUUACCCUUUUACCCCUGUAUUCCUUUACCUCUCUAUUUUUUACCCCUCUACCACUUUACCAGUUACCCUUCACCUCUUUACCCAUAUAUCCCUUAAUCUUUUUGCCACUUUACCCUUUGUUUUUUACCCUUUUAUUCCUUCAUUCCUUUAUCUUUUUACACCUGUACCGUUUUCCUCCUUACCAUUUUACCUUUUUACACCGAACCCCUUUACCUUGUUAUCCUUCUACCCCUUCCCGUGUUUACCCUUUCUUUUAUUUCUUUACCUCUUAACCUUUACCUUUCACCUUUUAUUCUUUUAUUUUAAGGUCCGUCUCAUACAAGUUCCUUGCUAAACAUUUGGACCGGCCGGACCGAAUUGGUCUUGCCGGUCCGGGUGGUCCAUUUCGGUAAUAACUUAAUAACCAAAGACGGACCUUCACAAAGGUUAUUUAUUUUUUAAAACUUCAAACCAUAAGCUAAAAAGUUAUUUUCAACCUUGCAAUUUUUGAAAAUCCGGACCGGGCCGGUUCGGCAAAACACUGCCCCUCUACCCCUUUAUCUCUUUACUCCUUUACCUCUUUACCUCUUCACCUCUUCAGUCCUGACCAUUACUCCUUUACUCUUUUACUUUUUUACCCUACUAUCCUUUAACCUUUUAUCCCUUUACUCCUUUACUCUUUUAUUCCUUUACCCCUUUAGCUUUUCACUCACUUACCCUUUACUUCUUUGCCUUUUAUAUUAUAUCUUCACACUUUGACCCCUAUACUCCUUCACCUCUUUACCUCUUUACCAAUUUACCCCUUUACUCCUUUACUCUUUUACUUUUUUAUUCUUUUACUGUUUUACCCUUUACUUUUUCACCUUUUUACCUCUUUACUACUUUAUCCCUUUGCUCUCUCGCCUCUUGUAUCUUCACUCGUUCAUCCCUGUACCUUUUCACUUCUUCCUCUUCACUUCCAAUUCUAAGUUUGUAAACCUAAAAGUACUAUAAUAUCAUAUAAACUUAAGCAUACUAACAUUUUCAAAUUUCAGCAAUUUACUUCCCACCAACGCCACAAGCCUUUAAGCAUGCUUUGACAAAAGAGCAGAAGCAAAACUUUGGCAUUGAAGAUUUCACAAAUUUUGUGCAAAAAACGAUUGUAAUGGAGAAGUUAUUGGGUGAAGAACACAAAGCAGCAUCAGAUGAGAUUAUUGACUUCUACUUGAAAUCCACCACUCAUGAAGAACAUACUCGAACUUUCUAUUUGGACAUGCAUGCUAAGGUAUAUUAUUUCAACGUUACAUUUCUAUACUGUCUGUAUGUACAAGGGUGCGUCAAAAGUUCUGUUACACGGUUUUUAAUCAUACGUAUAUAUACUUAACCAUAAACAUGUAUUACUUUUAUAUUUUGUAUAUAUAUAUAUAUACUUAAUAAUAACCAACACAUAUAUCCUUCUUCCAGGUCCUAGGCGACGUCAUGUUCGUAGUCCCACAACUUCGUGAGCUAAAGCUCAAGCAAGAGGCUGGUUGGCCAGUUUAUAACAUACUAAGCACUUAUUCUGAUUACUUGGAACGUACCAUGUCACACAUUGAAGUCAGUAAGACGAGUCAUGCUACUGAGUACAGAUUCUUGUUUGGUAUUGGCUUCAACCCUCACGAUAACUCAUUGACUGAAACUGAUGAGAAAUACCGGAAACUACUGGUCGAUUCUGUUGUCAACUUUAUUAAAACUGGGUAUGGGUAUUCAUUUGAAAUUGAAAAGUGGUACUUUUGGUACUCUUUAUACUAUUAAAAGGUAAAAUUACUACUGGUACAGCCUUUAGUACUAUAAAAAAUAAAAGUGGUACUAAUGGUACUAAUAGUACCAUUUUUUAUACACUAUGUUAUAAAAAAGCAAAAAUAGUACAGUAGCGGCUUUUAGUACCAAAAAAUCAAAAAUGGUAUACUACUAGUACUUUAGGUACGUUGAAUACUAUAAAACUGAAAAUAGUAUUGAUAAAUAGUACUGGUACUGCUUUUAAUACUACAAAAAAUUAAAAAAUGUACUGCUAGUACUAUUGGUACCACAAAACACUGAAAAUAAGAUUAUAAAACAUAGCUCAUUAUUUUUUAUACAAUCUUAUACUAACACUAAUUUUAGUACCUCAAUACAUUUAAAACAGUACUAAAAGUUAUUUUAGGUCACCAAAAUCAACCAAAAAUCAAAACUUCACUCAAACCUCAAAAGACCGCCCUUUGGUAUACACGGACCUUAAUACGAAAGCGACAGUAAAAGAUUCGUAUUUUGGAAAAGAAUUUGAAUUCUGGAGCAACUUCUACAACAAAUAUCAGUUUGAUGUCAUCAGAGGAGAACCGAAGAAAACUCUUAAGCAUGUUGAAUUGUAA